AUGAAGCUUGUGAAAUUUCUACAGAAGCUGAAUAGAGAACAAGUGACAAUCGAGCUAAAGAAUGGGACUGUAAUACAAGGGACGGUAGUUGGUGUCGACGCAACCAUGAACUGUCAUUUGAAGAAAGCCAAAGUAACUGUACGCGGUAAGAAUCCCGUUGCAUAUGCUACCCUUUCCGUUCGAGGUUCAACAAUGAGGGCGUGGUUAUUGCCAGAAAGCUUGAAUUUGGAUGCACUUUUGGUUGACGAUACUCCGAAAAAGUCCUUGGUUCAAAAAUCAGCUGCAAACACUACUCAAGGACGAGGCAGAGGAAGAGGUCGCGGGCGUGGUCGAGGACGAAGAUAG